AUGGCUUCCAUCAAACUUCAUGAACUUCAUCUCUUUCAUUCCAUUGAUCGCGAUAUCUUCUCUAGGUUAGUCAUUACUUUGAAAAGACAAGCAUCUCAAACUUUGUUAGUCAUGGCCUUAUGGCUUUGGUUAGAAGAUGCAAAACAUUGCGAAAUCAUAAGCAAAUUAACAAGGUUAUCUAAUAACCUUCUUGAUGCUAUAGCUAAUGAAGCCACUCUAUGCUUAAAUUGCCUUAAAUCUAAAUCACCCACAACUCAAGGUGGUAGUCUUCAUCUCAUGUCAAGAGUUAUAGACGAAGAAAUAUCCUUAAAAACAAUUUCCCUAAUGAAAUACACAGCAAUUAGUGGUUUAAAAGCUUUCCUAAAUGAAGUUUGUGCUUGGAUUUUUAGUGACAUUUUAUUACAAAUUUUACCAAUACCAUCUAAUUGGAACAUUACUACACCUCUUUAUAUUCCUGGUUUUCCUCAUCCUACUUUUGGUGCACUAGAAAUUUAUGCCCUACCUUCAAGUGUUACCAUUCCUAUUAAAGGAUUAUGGGGUUGGAAACUUAACUUUGAAGCUCCCAUUGAUGAUAGAACCAUUUUUCUUACAUUUUCGAGAGGUUUUCCAGUUUCAGAAGAUGAAGUUAGACAAUUUUUUGUACAAAUGUGUGGAGAUUGUAUAGAGAGUUUUGAGAUGGAAGGGGUGAAUGAAUCAAAAAUACAAUCUUUGUAUGCUCGAAUGGCGCUAAGAUCUGUUGUAUAUAUGGAUCAAAUUAUGGGUGGAAAACACAUUGCUAAGUUUCGUACUAAUGGUAAGCACAUUUGGGCAAGAAAGUUUGAAAGACGUGAGCCCUAA